AUGGGCAGGGUGGAAAAAAUUGAGACAACAGGCUAUGCCCACAAAGCUCGAGCACGCACACCGAUCAGUCGAAACACAUCCAAGGAUGGCCAAGAACAUGAUCUGCAUGUAACGAUGAAUAAUAAGCCAGUUGGUAAUGCAUAUGACAAGUAUGAUCAUAAUUCAGCGAUCGAAGGAUCCGCGCGAAUCCCGUGCGAUGCGUCCGAAGAGCUGCUUUCGCGCUCAUGCACUACAACCAGCGUGAUGUCAAACACACAGUGUACCCUUCGUAUAAACCGAUGGACCCCAAGAGCCGAUAGCAGCUGGAUAAAGGAGGCCAAGGGCCAUCCCUCCCAUGGCCACUCAAUCGGAGUAAAGUCUGGUUCCGGCAGGUUCGACGAGCAACCUGAGCAUGCCACUGGCCUUGCUGAAAAAAACGACACAGCUGUUUGGAUAUGUGCUUGCUCAUCUCAAAAAUCGGAACAAGAAGCUUAUACCAAUAACUUGAAAGCAGUGCUGCCUGGCCUUAUUCCCAGUACCAAUGAUACUUUGGACAGCAAGGGAGGCACCGACUCGACAAAUAUGGGAAAGCCAACAAAAAAGACGGGUUCAAAUUACGUAUAUUAUCGUCUAUAUACUACCCUUGGCUCAUUUGAAUCAAAUCACCCCACCUAUGCCAACGACCGUUUCCUCGGCCGCAUUCCCUCAAAGUCCUUCGCCCCCCCUCACACGACAGCGUCUAUCAAGCGGUUCUUGUGCAAGUUCGAAGGCCUCUCGGAACCCAAUAAAUCCCAUUUAUUCUUAGGGCUCUCAAGCCUAACACCCGAAGAGGACUCGGCCCAUUUGUCUCUGUACUCUUCUUCCGGGCCGGGUUUGUCUGAAGAAGACCCGUUCCUGUUGCUCGUCCUUUCAGACAAGAGAUCCACGAACGCCAGACGGCCGGAAGAGCUGCCGGGACGCCUUGAUGACGGUGAUACUCCGUACGUCCAUUAUCGCGUCUACUCAUCUGAAGGAGAUGAAAAGGCGAAAACAUCCUUUGACGAAAAUGACGCCUCGUUGGGACGCAUCAACACCCUUCUCGUCGCUCCGCCACGCACCGUUGGGUCUCUCAAAGCAUGCAUUGCAAAAAUUGAAGGUCUCGUCACUCCAGGUCAUGCGCUUUACGAGGACAUGGAGCUCUUUGAGGAUAUGGGCAGUAAAACUUCUAUGAAGGACUCCGAUUGCUUGUCUUUCCUCGGGGACAGUUAUCCAGGUAGCAACGAAUGGGAUCCGGUAGCCCUUGUUAACGCAGCCUUCAAUGUACCAGUCCACGAACGGGAGAGUAUAUCACCGCUUAGGAGCCAAGCUAAACCCCCCGAAGACAUCGACAAACUUCAUACGCUUGUGGCACAGUACCAGAUCGUAUCAGACCCAGACCCAACAUUCACACAGACCGCUCGGUUAUUCUACAUGUAUGGCAGAGCCCCUCCAACCAAGUUGUGCUCAAGGAAUGUUUAG